AUGCCGCUGAACCUCAUACCUGCCACUGGAAUGAAGUUCACCACGUACAACAAGGCAUGGGACUUUUACAACAAUUAUGCAAGAUGUGCAGGGUUUGGCAUACGCAAGAGGGAAAAACACAGGACAAAUGCCUACAUUGUCUGCUCAAGAGAAGGGACGCACAAGCAGACUGUGUCAGAUUAUCACCGGAAACAUCAGAAGACAUCAAAAAGGAUUAACUGCAAGGCAAAGAUUAGAGUCAAAAAGAGGAAGGAUGGCAAAUUUGUGAUAGAAAUGGUUGAACUCAACCACAAUCACAAGAUGCUAGAAAGCCCCGGGAUGCUUUCGCACAUGCGAUCGCACAAAAAAGACGAUCCUUUGAUAGACCAGUUACUGAAAGACAUGCAACUGGACAACCACACACACGCUCAGAUGAUGUCAACGCUGUCGUGUAUGUCCGGUGGUCUGCAGUACAUGGGACAUACUAGCCGCGACUGGGUAAACAAGAAACUAAAGUUUGCCAGAGAAGAGUCCCAAGAUGACGUCAAGAAACUUCUGGAUUUCUUCUAG